GUAGUAAAGCACUCAGCUGUUAGACUGUGUACGAGGUUCACCUGUCUAGUAAGGCCAGUAAUCAUGAAGGUAGUCCUCCUCACCCUCUGCUUCGCUCUCGGAGUGCUGGCUCAAGACCAGUACGAGUCUGCCAACGACAACUUCGACAUCUCCGAAGUCAUCGGCAAUGACCGACUCCUGCACGCGUACGCCAACUGCUUGCUCAACAAAGGACCCUGCACUCCCGAAGUGAAACAAGUCAAAGAGAAACUGCCAGAAGCCUUAGAAACCCGGUGUGCGAAGUGUACGGACAAACAGAAGCAAAUGGGCAAAGCUUUGGCUCAGGAAGUAAAGAAGAACCACCCUGACAUCUGGAAGCAAUUGGUGGCCAUGUAUGAUCCCCAGGGCAAAUACCAACAGGCGUGGAAAGACUUCCUUCAAGAAUAAAAACUCACGUACAAGUAUACGUUUAUUAAUUCCCAAUGAAAAUUACAAAUAUUUACUAAAUAGAAGAAAUCUAAAUUAAAGUUAUAACAAAAUAAACGAUUAUAUAUCUU